GAGUGCACCUGUUUUCACAUACAUACAUACAUACAUAUAUAUUACUCAUCAGGUAAUAAAUGGCGUUGCAUUAGUGUGCUCUCCGGGAAUAUGAUUACUGCAGUGACACGACACAUACCCGGAGCGUGGGUGUCAGUCUUACAACCCUGCCAGUAUCUCUGUGACCAGGCGACGCUUGCUCUCUUGGCGUCAGUGUUUUUGGUUCACAAGUAGAUCACAUGUUAGCUGCUCUGCUGCUUCUAUUGAGGGACGAGCUGAAGGCUACCGAGAGCGUUGAGUGAAUUUCUAUUUUAUCAGGUCCUUUCAAGGGAGCCGGGCGCCGGGACGUUUACUGGUUUAGAUGUAUUUUUAUACUACAAAGAUGUCUCGUGUUGACGGGCUCGUAUGGUCGCUGCUAGUCACAGCUCUGUCUGCUUGUCAGGUGUCCGCUGAGGAGGACUGCCUGUGGCAUGUGGAUAAGAACGGCACCUGGCACAAUGGCUUCGACUGCCCUCUGGUCUCCUUCUGCUGUGGAAACUGCCAUCGACGACACUGCUGCCUGGACCCCUUCCAGAUGAUCACAGAGAAGCAGCAGAAACACUGCAUGCUGUUUCAGUUCAGCCCCACCACCAUCGCUGGCAUCGCCUCGUCCAUCCUGCUCUUCAUGGUGAUCAUCUCCACGCUGGUCUGCUGCUUCAUGUGUUCCUGCUGCUACCUGUACCAGCGCUGGCAGCAAAUGAGAACGCCUCACCAAGGUCAGCAUAUCCAGAUGACCAGUUACCCGAGGGACUUCACAUACCCAGCCCAGGGCAAACCCGCGGGAGGUCCUGGUGAUCCAUACCCGGGAGCACAGCACUACCACCCCGCCACCAUGCCCCCUCACUACCCCUCUGCUGCGCCCCCUGCACCCUACCCGCCUGCAGACCAGGGAUACGGAUACGGAGUGGCAGCCCCCCCUCCCUACCCUCCCCCACAGUACAGCGGACUCUGAAGCACAGCCCACGCAGGAGAAGGAGAGUGGAGGGUCUCCAGUGCUUUCAGCACCUCUGUAUAUGCUUCUGUAACACUGGCUAACGUAGUGCAUGCACUCUGUACACUGCAGCAUUUCUUUGUGUUUGUCCUGAGCAUGGCUGGUGCGAGGAGUCAGAAGGGAUGGCACAUCCGAGUAAGUGUUUAAACUAAGGGAAGCGUGGAGUUUGAUUAGGUGUAAAAGACCUCUCUUUAAAAAGGUAGAAUGGAAAGGGGAUACAAAAGCAUUCUCUUUACCCGAACCCUGGCAUUCUUGUAGUUUUGUUUUGCAAUUUUUUUUUAAAUAAAGUUUAAGCUAAGCAAGAUUCAGAGCCACAAGCCUGGCUGCUGAAGACCAUGUUUAAAAAAAAUAAAAUAAAUAAAUAAAUAAAAAGCAAACGAGGCCUCAUGGACAAUGUGAUGAAAUACCAAAACAAGACAGAAUUGGAAACCAAAUAACUGGAAUGACACGCUGGUAAGAGAAUAACCUGUGUUUUAUAAAAAACCCUUUCCAUCUACCUAGAAGACUCCCCUACACCAUUAAUAAAUAGAGACGUAUUGGAUUUCUUAUCAAAUUGUUAACAAUGUAAGACAGCAGAAGAGUUUUUAAUAUCCGCUGUAACCCCGAGAGUCCAAACUGAACUGUAUUCUGCACCAAGCUGCUGUCCUAAUGGAAAGCAGGCCGACCGCAGC